UAACCCGAAAAUUACAAAUAUAAUGACCCGGGACCCGACUCUGUUAUGUGAUUUUCGGGUCGGGUUUGGUCCGGACCGAUAAAAAGAGCUUCGGGUCUGCCCGAUAAGCUCCGGGUCGGUCCGGGUUUCCGGGUCUUCUGUGCGCCUCUAAUCAUGACUGCUAUCUAACUAACAUCAUUUAUACAAAUUCCUUUUGGGUUAGGGCAAGAUAGUGAACUAAACACCAAGCAUUGGGCCAGGUCCAACAUUCGAUCGCCUCUACCCGAGCAUUGUUGUAGGUUGAAAUUACAAAAUUCUUGACUACAAUCAAUAAUAAUUUUUUUGAUGUUUUUUUUUCAACAUAAGAACCCCCAACCACUACAAUUCGAGUGUACACCGGUUAAAUUCAUGCACCCGCGCAAUAGUUGUGCUGUAAACUUUGUUGUGAACCAACUCUGUUAACGCUCAUCACAUUUUUCUUUACAGAAUAUACACAAAAUGGAUAGAUAAAUUGGUUGCAUAAACAAAUAUGAUGAGAUGGGUGGGCUAACUUUCUUGCUAAUACCGUUUUAAGGGGCUCUGAAGGAAGGAGAAAUGGCAGCUAUGAGAGUACAACUUCAAGGCUGGUGUUAGUUUCUAUGUUCUAUAUAUGAACUGUUAACUUCUUUCACCUUAUCUUCCCUUUGUGGUUACAACUUCACAUUAUUGUUAACUCAGUUAUAUAUGUACUCAACAUCUGUUAAUCCAUCUACAUAUAUAUAUAUAUAAACACAAGAUAAGACAUGAUUUUGCAUACUCCUGCAAUUCUAUCCUAGAAUUCUCAGUUUGAGCAUAUAAUUCAAAGCAAUUACUUUUCUCAUUUGAAGUUUCUGUUGAUUCGUCUAAUCAAUGGCUCACGCAAUUGGUAAUGUGAGCUAUAAAGAGGUUAGCUAGUUCUAGAUGAAUUAGAAGUUUUUUGUGAGACUUUGAUCAAAGCAAGUUUUCUGGUUUUUUAAAUUUUGGUUUGUUUUUCCAUAAUGUUUUUUACAGAGAUUUGUCUUGAAUUCGCGAGGGUUCAAGCUCUUCACAGCCCGGUGGAUACCAACGAAGGAAGAACCAGAAGCCUUGAUCUUUAUUUGCCAUAAUUAUGGCAUGGAUUCUCGCGAAUGCAGGGUUUGCAGUUUAUGGGAUAGACUAUGAAGGCCAUGGAAGAUCAGCUGGGAAACAAGGCUGCAUUGAAAAAAUUGACAAUCUAGUUGAUGACUGCUUCAAUCAUUUUAUGACCCUAUGUGCUUCAGAGAAGGAAGAGAACAACGGAAAGAAGAGGUUCUUAUUAGGAGACACCAUGGGAGGAGCAGUGAGUCUGCUUUUACACAUGAAGAAGCCAGGGUUUUGGCAUGGUGCAGUACUGGUUUCACCAUUUUCUAGGGUUGCAGACCCAGCAAGGCUUGCGAUCAAAAUCCUGAGCAAGCUUUCUAAUUGUAUCCCACAAUCGAAAUCAACGGCUACUUAUGAUCUCAUUAAUAUGGCAAUUAGAGAUCCUGAGAACAUUAAAAAGGUUAGAUUUCAUUGCCAUUUCUGCUUCUGCAAGGCGAAGAGGACAAAGUAAGAACUAAAUCACCGAGUAGCAAGCAACUCUACAAUGCAGCUUCAAGCAAGGAUAAAUCCUUUGUUUGAUAUUCAGGCAUGCGACAUGCUCU